AAGGCUGGGGUGUUGUCAACUUCUUGUGGGCGUGAUUAAGUGCAGGUGCAUUAUUCCUACAUGCUAUAUGUCUGAUGGAUCUAAAACCCAUGUGCGAUAGACGCCGCCUGACAGUGCCUCAUCAGUCCCUUAGGGAAACCGGGGAGUUGCAUUGUCUGCACUAAUGCACUAUUCUAGUUUGUAGUUCAGCAGUUAGAAGUGUGUGUGUCGCGUGGAUUUCGUGCUUCGUAACGCAAAGCGAUGCAGUUCCCCACUCGGCUUUUAACUAGCAAUGGUACACAAACGCGCAAAACAAAAUAACUCACCGUCAAGUUUCACCAGCCAAGAGCUGGCUUUGUCUUCGCUUCGACUGGGCUAAUGUUGUUUAAAGUUGGUUGCAAAAUGCCCAAAUUCUCAGGCAUUCGGCUUUAAAAAGGAUUCCAUAAAGGUUCUCCUGAUGCAGUUCAAGCAUAAAGGAUUAAGGCUUUAAGGGUUCCCAUAGAGGUGAUUUGGGUUUUCGGCUGAAAGGCAUGCAAUGAAUCUGCCAACAACUCACCUCCUCAGUGAUUCUGAAAGAGACUGGAUAAACAGAGGUGCAGGAGAAACAGUUCCUGGCAUUCUUUGUAUUCCACCCACAACAUUCUCCAAAGGUUCACUUUGCUUCUCUGCCUAAACAUGCACAAGUGGACGAUUCUAGGAUGGAAAGAUCAUAUAAAGGAGAUGGAAUAAAAUGUGAGAAACCCAACCAGGAAGAGAAAAGUGGCAUCUUGUGGCAGCAACACAUUUGCCCAAAACAUAACCCUGCUGUCAAGACUAUUGGCUGGCUUGUUGAGAAGAGACAUGAGGUCAUGAGGUCAACUUCCCAUGGUUUCUUUCACCAUCACUUACAUUUUCAAUUAGAAGUCAAAGUAUUCAGCCAAAAAAAAAUCACACAAGUUGUCAGUAUGUCACCUCCUAUUAUGCCAAGAUUUUAGGGAAGGUUCCAACCCUUGCUCGCAACAUGUCAACUCGCUCCUGUUCCACACACACCCGGUUUAGCUCUGAUCUGGAGGAAGGGGAAGAAGGAGUUUUUGAUGUGGGUGAUUGCAACAGGAGCCCGAUAAAACUAGUGAAGAAGAAAGAAAGACAACGAUAUACAGAAGACACCAGCAAAGAGUUCUUUACUCUUAAGUUUGACCUAAAUGUUGACAUAGGCAUGGAAAUAGUCCAAGCUGUUAAAAAGAAAUCCUUAAGGGAUGUUCUAAGCACUGUGUUUGAGAAGAAGGGGAUUGAAUUAUCUCAAGUUGAUUUGUUUUUGGAUCAGUCCAAUACUCCCUUAUCUCUUGGAUUUGAGGCUUACCGCUUAGGGGGACACUACCUCAGAGUACGAGCAAGACCAGAAGAGCUGAGGAUGGAGAAAGGUGUAAAGGAUCCUCGUUCCCUUAGCUUGCCCAUCAUAAGACCCUCAACUGCCUAUAGUGCUUUCUUUGGCCGGGUAGAACAUGGUUCUUUGGGCAGACGAGAGGCAGCAAAUUUGCAUGGUCAAGCACAUAGACGGAAGAACAUUACAGAGUUUCUUGGUGACACAAAUGUUUCUCUGGAUUCAGUGUCGCAGUUGAGUGGUUUCGGCACGAUUACAAACACAGGGACGGAUCGUUGGAAAAACAAAGCUGCCAGCCGCUUCAGUGUUCUUUUCAGCUCCAGCUCGAGCAAUGGCUCAAUAAGCAAGGAAUGUGAACGUGUAGAGCAACUGCAGAGUAAGCUUCAUUCUUAUACUCUGUUUGGAUUACCCAAGAUGCCUCAGCAGCUCUCCUUCCACAGAGACUCCUGGGAGGAAGAGCCUAAUCUUGAGAUGGAGGAGAGCUGGAAAGAACUUCUGGAGAAUCCUGAGAUAUUAACUAUAGGACAAUGGCACCAGCAGGAAGCAAUCUGGGAACUACUGCAGACAGAGUCAGCUUACAUCAAGAACUUACAUGUCAUCACAGAUUUGUUUCUAUGUGGUUUGUUGAACCUACAGGAGAGUGGGCUACUGUGUGAUAUCAAUCCUUCACGUCUUUUUGGAAACAUCCAGGAGAUUGUGCAUAUGCACACUUUGUUCUGGGCUGAGGUCCUGCUACCUACACUGGAGCGAUCUAGGCAGAGCCGCACUAUGCUAAACCCUGUAGACCUGUGUCAAGGUUUUAGUACUUUUGGUUACAGAUUUAGACCUUACAUCCAUUACUGCUUGGAAGAGGAGAGCUGCAUGGAGUAUAUGCGUACAUUACUGAAGGAGAAUGAACUCUUCAGGCUCUAUGUUACAUGGGCAGAGACCCAUAAACAGUGCAGUCGAUUGAAGCUGACUGACAUGCUGGUGAAACCUCACCAGAGACUCACCAAGUACCCACUACUACUCAAGAGCAUACUGAAAAAGACUGAUGAGCAGAUAGCUCGUGAGGCCCUCUUCAGAAUGGUAGCUUCUGUCGAAGGCUUCAUUAACAGUGUGGACUCUCAGAUGAGACAGCGAGAGGAGAAACAGAAGCUGGCAGCCAUUGCUAUCCGUAUUGAGGCCUAUGAGCCAGUGGAAGGUGCUACUGAUGAGGUAGAAAAGAUGCUCAAAGAAUAUAAUCAGUUUGACCUGACAGCUCCUGUGCUAGGUGCCUUGGCAGACGAAACACGUCAGCUUUAUCUGGAGGGAGCACUGAGGAUGAAAGAAGGCAAGGAUAGUAAGAUGGAUGUGCAUUGUUUCCUGUUCACUGAUGUGCUGUUGAUUACCAAGCCAGUAAAACGUGUAGAAAAGGUCAAGGUGAUUCGGCAGCCACUGAUCAUUCGUAAUAUAGUGUGCAGGGAUUUGAAGGACUCAGGAGCCUUUCUCCUAAUCUACCUCAACGAGUUCCGCAGUGCUGUAGCCUCCUACUGCUUCCAAGCUAAUAGUGCCACUCAUAGAUGCAGCUGGGUACAGGCGAUUUACAAUGCUCAGAACCAACUUGAAAGGCUUUGCUCUGUAUCAAUGAGGGCUGAGAGAGAUGAGGAAGAAGAGGAUGAAAUGGAGAGCAGCAUUUCCACAUCCAGUUCCCCGUCUUUUCAGCAUAAAGAACCACUACAAAAAAGCAGAUCCUCUGAGAUGCUCUCAGUUGUCUUAAUGGAACAACCUGAUGAGGUAAAAAGACAAUUGCUCUUGGACUCGGAACAGGUAUCUCUUCAAAGCGCUCUGUAUUCUGAUUCAUCAUUCACAAAAGAUGCACUUCCUACUGAUAACAAUCAAACUCUGAAGAUGCGGAAUGAUCUGGUAGCUAUCAAACUGGAUCCUGAAAGUCGUUCUAGGUCUAUAGAUAGUGAUUAUGGAACACUCUUGCCCGAAUCUUUUAUCCCUAUUUUGGACCUGAAGGAAGGGAUGAAGAGAGAGCAGAGGGAAAGAGAAGUGAACAACACUGGAAAAGUAGAGGGGGCCUAUGAGGAAGAUGAUGAAGCAGAUGUUGGUGGUAAUGCAGAUGACUCCAUUGCCUGGAAUGGCUCACAGAUCACUGUUAAGGAGACCAAAUUUUUCGGUGAACAAUACAACCUUCAGCAGGCGCAAAUGGAACUCUUGCAACCAAAGGCUCCUUACAAUGCCUCACAAGAGUGUUGCUCACCAACAUUAUGGCGCCAUUCACCCAUCCAUACACGUACAGAGAACUUUGCCCUCAGGUCGUGUUCUGAGGAUAAUCUUCUCCAGUGGCUUUCUUCCCCCGUGGAUUAUUCCAGGAUCAGCAACCGCAACCUUAGCAAGAGCCUGACACAGCUCAGUGGAAGCAGUGAGCACCUACAGGCCAAACAUGGGCAGUCCACAGACCCCAGUGCUCUGUCAGAUAAAGUCACAGAUACUCUAAUUAGAGCAGAGGACCAAAUUUUUCACCGAGCCAUGAGUUUUUUUAAUGAAGAAAAUGUGAGAGUGUGUGAUUCAGUGGCAUCACAGCAGCUUCACCUGCAUAGAAAACUGACCAAAGCUCAGCUACAAAGGAUGAGGACCACCAUGGUGCUUAACUCAACCCUCACAGCCUCGGAAGUGUAGUCACUGAAGCAGUUGGAAGCAUAUGCCAUUAGCUGUUCUGUUAGUAAUCUCUCUAUUGACAGAAUUACCAUUAUCAUCAGGAGAGAUGUGUAAUAACAACAGCUAAAUAAACAGUAUCAACACCUUUGCAUUUAUCAAACAUCCAGUGAUUAACACUAUUUUCACAUGGACAUGUAUUUUCAAGAAUUUCUGUCACAGGGUCAGAAUCUUUGUGUAAGGGAAAUCCUGCAUGAAGAAGUUGCACAAAAAAUGUGGAAAAUGGAUUCGUUUAACCUUGUAGUAUUACUAAACUAAAGGGCUAACCAGAGUAUUUGCAUCUGUAUGGACCCAAACUGUGCACUGCUCUACAGUCAAAAUAAUCCUAUGCAUCAAGAUGCCAGUACUGUGAUGUAGUACUAGUGAUGUUUUUGUGUGAUACCAUUCUAAACCUAAGUACUGUAUGAUUAGGUUCUGAGUAUGAUUAUAUAGGCCCUUUUUCCAUUUGAUCUUUUUUUUUUUUUUUUACAUAUAAUAUCAAAAAGGUUAUAAGUGCCAUAAAAAACCAUAACUUCAUGUAGAUGACCUGUAUUUAUCACAAUGCCAGUUGUGGAUGUAUUAGCAUGCUUACUGGUGAUUAUUUAAUAAUAUUUUAAAAACUGGUCCUAAAAUAUUGUGAUAGAUAGAUAUUCAAAUGAGACUAUAUCCUGCUCACAUAUUAAACUAAAUCAGAUAGUUUAAAUAAACAGAAAAAUUCUUGCUUUGGUUUAUGAAUCCCAAAGUCUUGUUUGAGUACUCUGGGUUUAGCAGUACAUGCCUCUAAACCAUGAUUUAUUUUGAAGUUAUUGUAAUCAAACUUGGAAGGUUUGCUAUUUAUAGUACUGAAAAUAUUUAUUAAGGUGUACUUGUUUAUAAAUAGUGGAUUUCAAUUCCUUGUAUCAAAUAUUAUUGUAGUGGAGAUUUCUUGUUGAUAAGUUUAGAUUUUUGUUUUAAUCAUUUUAAAUGGUAGCAUUUUCUUUGUCAGUGUACAUAUUAAAGGCUGAAUUUAAUGAGUUUACAAAUCAAAUGCAUUGUACUACAGUAACCCCCUCCCAAAUAAAAUGUUCAAGCUGUUUGUCUUCA